AAGGCGCGCGAGUUGAAGGCGCGGGUUCUAGAAGCUCGCGGGAAAGUGGCGGUUUGAAGCUGCUAGAGAUCUCGAGUCGGAGAGUGCCGCUACCGAAAGAGAGAAAGGAUCAAAAUUACCUUUCCCAAGUUGAUGAGGAAGUACAGAGGCCGAGGGUGACCUGACAGACUUCUACAAAGUUAUGAGGGCCUUAGAUAAGGUGGUCAUAGGCACUCAGAGGCUUUUUCUCCCCCCAAGAGUGGAAAGGGCAACUACAAGAGGGCACAGCUUUAAGUCUUAGAGGGUAAAAAUGCCAGUAGUUACUCCAAGAAAAAGGAAGCGUAGCUCUCCAAAAGAUGAUUGUCAGGACUAUACUCCCAUCAAUAUAGCAAUGUUAGGAACACUGACAAAGAAAAGGAUCCUUGAUCUUGAUGGAAUUUCCUGUCCAUCAAGCAUGCCAUCCCUGGAAGUAACGGACUCACUGAUGUUAAGAGGGUCACAAAGAGAUUCUGAUUCUGUUAAAGAAAAUCUUUGUGACAAUUGCGCUUCACCACAGAAGUUACCUAACAAUAUAUGUCAGGAUGAUUCACGGAAUAGGGUUUCCAGGCUCUCUCUCAAUGGCAAGGGCUAUUUACAAAAACCUGUUGUACCUGCAACAUCUUUCUAUGGGAAGGGAAGGCAGCUAUACCUCACACCUCUUGAGAGAAAAUUCGUUGAUACAAACAAGCUUUCCAAGUGUGUCAUUGCAGAUGAACAACCCAAGAUGAAAAGUACAAAGUUACAAAUGAAAAAACAAAUCAAAACAAAAGUACAGUUGACAGUUGGCUCCAGUUCUAAGCAUCCAUUGGAUUCAAAGGAAAUCAGAAUCACACAGAAAAGCAGAUCUAAUAGUGCGAGGGAACUGAUGCGUCUGAAUGAAAAUGCAUAUUAUGGAUCUAUAAACAGGACACUUCUGUUUAAUUCAAAAGUAAAUGGUCAAAAAGUGCAGCAGAAGUCCAGAAUACAAACAGGUGCAGCUUUCUUUUCCACAGGCAGAAAAUCCCGGAUGUCAUUCACUAAGGAGUUGUCAGACAUCAAUGCCAAAUUAUUUUCAUCAGAUGUUUGUGCCCAGCAUGAACAGGAUAGAAGAGACAUAAAAGAUGAUGCCAACAAAGCUAACAAAAAAGUUAUUUGUGAAGUUAAUCAUGAUAGUGGAACGUGCAAUGGGAUUAAAGAAAGCUCUUGUAAAAUGAAAAUCAAAGCAGAUGUGAGAAGAAAAGCUGAAAAGUGCGUGCACCUACCUUCUAACCUGUUCAAGGUUUUGCUUACAAGAGAGGUGAAAGUGAUGCUUCAGAGAAUUGAUGUGGCACAAUUUAAACACCCAACAUCGAUGACCAAGGAGAAGUCAUUUCAGCAGGGAGAUUUGGCAACAAAAUGGUUUGACCAGUUUCAGUUUCAAGAUUCAGAAUCUGAAAAGGAGAAAGAUGAAAUUUUGAAUGUUGAGCACCUUAAUACUAAUGAAGCAGGUUUGGAAUUUGAAGAUCAGAAUUCAUUUGAAGGAAAUAAUGACACACAUAGAGGUUUAUUGUCAGCUGAUGCUAUCUAUCCCAUUUUUCGUACUCCAACUGGCAGUAAAAGGCAUGAGCUAGUGAAAGAUGAGACUGUUUCUGUUGAUUGUAAUAAUCCUUUUCCUGCUGCUUCUGCAAUGUCCUGCCAUGGAUUUCUACAGAAGAACAAAAAAAAGAAAGAUUUUGACAAAGUUUUCAGCGACCAGCUUAUAAUAGAUGCUGGUCAGAAGCAUUUUGGAGCAGUCAUGUGCAGGUCCUGUGGAAUGAUUUAUACAGCAUCCAACCCUGAGGAUGAAGCACAACAUAUUCAAUAUCACCAAAGAUUCCUAGAAGGGCUCCGCUAUGUGGGGUGGAAGAAAGAGCGUGUGAUGGCAGAAUAUCUAGAUGGAAAAAUCAUAUUGAUUCUAGCAGAUGACCCCAAGUAUGCUCUUAAAAAGGUAGAGGAACUGCGAGAAUUGGUUGAUAAUGAACUAGGAUUUCAGCAAGCUAUAUUAAAUUAUCCAGAACGAAGCAAAACCUACAUGUUUGUCUCUAACGAGAAGAGGAUUGUUGGCUGUCUCAUUGCAGAACCUAUCAAACAGGCCUUUCGGGUGCUAUCUGAACCUACUGAUCAGAAGAAUACAGAGAACCAACUGUUUGAUCAUUAUCGUGCCUGGAGAUGCUCUACCGUGCCAGAAGAGGCUAUUUGUGGCAUAAGCAGAAUCUGGGUCUUCACUUUGAUGCGGAGAAAACAAAUUGCCAGUAGAAUGGUGGACAUUGUUCGAAAUACAUUCAUGUAUGGAACUUGCCUGAAUAAAAAUGAGAUUGCCUUCUCUGAUCCAACACCAUCUGGCAAGCUUUUUGCAACUAAGUACUGCCAAACACCAAAUUUCCUGGUUUAUAACUUUAUUAGUUAACCUGAACGUUUUGACUCAGUAACCCCUUGCAUAUUAGUACAACCUUUAGCAGAGUGAGCAAGACUCAAUUAUUUACUCUACAAAUCAUUAAAUACAAAUUGGCAUUCAGCAAUUUUAAUGGAUUGUGCUUUUCAGGAUCCAUCUCAUUAAGUGAUGAAAAGUCUAAGACUUCAUUUGGGUUUGUACAUGUUGGAUAACAGGUAAUUCAAAAUCCAGGAAAUUUGGAAUGGCCUGACUCCAGUGCGGGCAGCUGUACCUGAAUAUGAUUUUUAAACAUAUACUGGUCUUUUGACACACUUUGCACUGUUUGCUUUUAGAUCAAAUUAGUUUUUACAAGGUUAAUGGUUACAAUGUUAAUUAUGUAAUGUUAAAAUGGAUCUGUCAAUACUUUAUAUGCUAAAUGGAAAGGAUUGAUUGGGAGAUGUAAAUAUGCUUAAUUUUAUUGAUGUUCGCCUUUGUCCUUCAAACUUAUUGCCGAUAGCACAGGCUUCCAGAAUACUAUACACAACUUAGUUUAGAAAAGUGAAGUAUCUGCAUAAUAAGGUUAUCACAGUUGGUGAAUUUUAAAUUGUAUUUCACUGUGCAUACUUUAACAGCUUUUUGCCCCUGAAAACAUUUGAUCCAACACGUUGUUAACAUAUGUAGAAAUUACUCAUUAUUGUAAUGCAA